ACCGCAAAAGAUUCCAUGAACCAAGUGAGAAGCUAGCACGCAGAGAAGGGGCGAAGCUAUUAUUCAAAGGUCUUGGGCACUUUUGAUUAGAGGAUUUUCACUUUCUUGCAACAUGAUGCUUUGAAGAGGAGGAUUAGAGGAUUUGAUCAUAACUUUGAGGGGGAGGAUAUAGGGCUGUAUUACCAGUUUGUGCAAAAAGGCUUCUAAAUUAAGAAAUUUUAUUGCGGAAUAUGAUUUACAACCAAAUGUACCAGGACAAGAGAUGACUUAUAACCCUAAUUGAAGUGAAGAGCAAGGUAAAGUGAAUAUGGACAUUGAAAGAGAUGACUUCAUGCACUUUGAAGAGCCUGAAUGCCUUAAGAGAUUCCCUUCAAAUGAACAUUUUGAUGAAGAUGAAGCCCUUUUACACAGCUUUGGGCUCAAAACUAAUGAGUGAAUAGAUGAAGAAGAAGAUUGUGAUAUUGAGAAUAACUUGGAGAGACUUGAUUUCACAACUACUAAUUUAUUUCCUAAGUCUGAACAACUUGGAAUAGCCAUAGACUCGAGACUGCAAGAUGACUUAGAGAGGCUUGAUGCCUCUAUUAGUCUAAAUCUUGACCAAUACUGAUAAAAUACUGAAUAAAUAACUGUAUGAGUACAAAAUAGUGGCCUAUUCAGUGUAAAACAGGCCUUAACUGUUAAAGAAAAUGAAGAUGUGUUAGAAAAGAGAGCAUUCCUAGCCUCAAGGGCUGUAUAGAAAAAGGUCAGAAAAUAGAACCCGAAGAAGAAGAUCUUAAGGGUUUAUCUAGGAGAUGAGAUGUAGGAAGGAGGAUGAUAAGAACCUGUUCUCCACUUAUAGAGCUAUUUGACGACAUUCAAUGGUGAAUUUGAGAGAUGUCAUCUCGACUCCUUUGAGAAAGAACAAAGUUCAUAAGAAACUAAUCCUAGAAGUAACCAAAAAGGUAAAAAGAAAAGGAAAGAUAUCGAUGCUUGUGUGAAGGCUUCAAAAGAUAUUUAACAGUAACAAUCUUUCUGUACGCGAGAAGCAGGACCUGACCAGAAUGUACAAAAAGCAAGUUAAAGAAGGGAGCAUAAAUUGGGAGUCAAUGCUGCACGAGUUUCCUGGAAAGACCUUGAUAUACGUGCAGGAGUUCUGAAAAGAUAUUAAAGUAAAGAUCCACUCAGACUUUUCGGUAAUAAAAUCAGAAGAUUUUAAAUUCAACAUUGCUCUUUAUGAAAGUGCUACUAAAAGAGUUUUCAAAAGAGUCAAAGAGAAAGAUGAGGAAGAGAAGGAAGAGAGGGAUAUUAUUCCCUAAUUCUUUCUCUUAGAGAUAUAUUUUCUGAAUUCUCGAAUUAAAUUAAGUCAAUAACUUUCUUAAAAGUAACAAUAUUGUCAACAGAAUUUCUUCUUCUCACUUUGAAGUCUCUCAAAUAUAUAGAGGGAAAGAUUUUAACUAGCAAUUUGUAUAAAGCCACGUGCAAAAAAAUGUACAUCUGCUUAACACCGGAAAAAGGAGAUAUCUCACAAUUUUAGGUCUUUAAAGUUCCUCCAAUGU